AGGCAACAAACAUCACCCCCAUUAAACUGAGAAUUUCAAAACCUUACUUUAAUUUCCAUGGCUGAAAUAUCAAACACUCAACAACAAAAACAAUCCAAUAACACAAUAAAACUCAUAUCAGAAUCUUAUAUUCGACCAAAAUACGAGGUUGAAGCUGCAAAAAAACCUUAUUACUUAACACCCCUUGAAAUUUGCUCUUUAGUUAUUGAUCCCAUUCAAAAAGGUCUACUUUUUAGCCUAAAUAAUUCAACAAAAAAAAUAAAUGAAUUAUUAAAAAAUCUCGAAAAUUCCGUAUCGUUAACCCUUGUUCAUUUCUACCCAUUAGCAGGUCGUUUCGUUACUAAAAAAAUCCCUGAUGAAAAUUCUUCUUUGAUCUAUCUUGAUUGUAUCAAAGGUCCUGGAGCAAGGCUAAUCCGUGCUACUGCCCUACACCUUACCGUAUCUGAUUUUUUCUCCUCUACAGAUGUUCCCAUUUUUGUGAGAUCUUUUUUCGAUCUUGGGGAAAUAACGGUUAAUUAUGAUGGUCAUACUAAGGCUUUAUUAUCCAUCCAAGUAACUGAACUCCAAGACGGGCUUUUUAUCGGGUUUAGUAUGAAUCAUAGUGUAGUCGAUGGUACGUCUUUUAUCCACUUUGUUAAUAUGUUAUCUGAUAUUUUUAAUAGUACUGAAAAUAGUACUUCGAUUUCUCGGGUACCUAUUUUUAGUUAUAAUCCGUUUAAAAAAAUUUGUUUGGGUACGAUUACCAAGGUUCCUUGUUUAGAGCCCGAGAAGUUGAUAGAGCAUGGUUUUGAGCCCGGCCCGUUAAGGGAACGUAUAUUUCAUUUUUCACGUACAACUUUAACUGAUCUCAAGAUUGAGGCGAAUCAACAAUGUGGGACCCACAAUAAAAUAUCGUCUUUUCAAGCCUUAGCGGCUCUUGUGUGGAGGUCCAUAACUAGAGCCCGUAACAUAAAAUCGGAUGAAUUAACCGCUUGUUCUAUUGUGAUUAACAUGCGGAGUAGGUUUGACCCGCCCAUUUGUGAUGACUACUUUGGAGCUUUUGUUAUAAACACAACGUUUGUUUGUAGUGUGGAGGAGUUAUUGGGCCAUGAUUUGGGUUGGGCUGCAAUGGGUUUACACAAAGCCAUUAUAGCCAAAGAUGAAGAGGCAAUAUUUAGUGAUCUGAAGUUUAUAAGUCAAAGCCCGUUAAUAGUUUCACGUCAAGAUAUUGUAAAACAUCAUGGGCCGAAUAACGUGAUUAUUGGUGGGUCAGCAAGGUUUGAUAUGUAUGGGCCCGAAUUUGGGUUUGGACGAGCUUUAGCUGUUCGUAUGGGGUACCCUAAUAAUAAGGGUGAUGGAAAAGUAACUGCAAAUCCAGGAUGUGAAGGAGGAGAAAGUGUGGAUUUAGAAAUUUGUCUACGGCCUGAUAUUAUGGCCAACUUUGAAGCUGAUUCGGAGUUUAUGAGUUUUGUGUCAUUGUAAUAUGCAGAGCAACUCAUUUGUGUGACCAAAAUCUUUGGUAAUCAGAGUCGAGUUGGGUCGAAUUCUAGAUUUUGUAAUAGUUGCAUUAUUGCUUAGUUAAAAUUUAAGUGAAAUAAAGUCGGUUGAAUAUAUAAGGUUGGACAUCAAAUCAAAUUUGUUUUACGCACUACUAGCAAUACAUUACUAGCUAGUAGACUUGUCAAAUUUGAAUUUAAUUUGACCAAGUUUUGCUUCAAUCUUUUGAGUUAUAAUCUACUAUUAUGUCGUCAAUUUUAUUUGAGUAAAUAUUGAAUAUGACUUGAAAAGGCAUUUGUAACCUAUAAUGGAAAAAUUUUAUUUUAAGGAAAAUUAUAUAGAAG